AUGGAGAUAUUAACAAAAUUGUCUGAUAAAUGUUUCUCAGAAAAUGUGGAGCAAUGUUUCCGUUUAUCUGAUGACCCUGCUUUUUGGCAAGUAAAUAAUGAGACGCGCAAUUUUGUGGCCAAAUAUGGCUUCAAUAUGGACUUUAGUAAAUCCAAAAAGGAGUACAGUGAUGGCAAAAUACGCAGCCUCACCCAAAGUCGUGCUAUAGGUCGAAUAAACUCGCAGUUAAAUGAUCAAUUGGAAACAGAUAAAUUACUGGAAAUCGACUCUUGUUUGCGUGGUAGAAGUUGUAAAGACAUUGUUAGAGCAUUGAAAUAUGGAUGGAAUCAGGUUAUGGAAUCACUACAAUUUUUAGAAAAGGAUUCUAACCAGAAACCAGAAACUCGUGCUGAGGCUAGAGGAAUUAUUUUUAAUUUGAGUUUUCUUGAAACCAGAACUAUGGUAGAAUUGUGGGGUUUUGUUUUAGAAUGUCCGAACAAGUCUAACGUCAAACUUUAA